AACCUCCCUCCCACCAUACCUCUUCGACACAGAUUUCAUCCGUGUUUGGCCGUUUUGUGAAUGUUCUAACUCUCCCAUUCAGAUCACAUUCUCCUUCGCAAGUGAAGGAAGUGGUGGACAAGUCUCUUCAACGCGCUUGGCCGCGUGAUCGCGAGCCAGAGCACGCACACGCCAAAUCCACAGCGCGCCUCCCCCUUGUCCAUACUCUCUCGCGGCUCGGGGCCAGCAACAAUCCUAGACAACACCCGGCAUGACGGACAAACUCCCACCCAACCUCUUGGCCCUCUUCGCCCCUCGUCCCGCCCUCCGCUAUCUUCCCCCCGCCGAUCAUGCCCCCGAAUCACGCAAAACGCCGUACAUUGAUGGCGUAGCUUCAUACGUUUCCUUGCUGAAGGAAAAGGCGCAAAAAGCCCAAGCGGCCGAGAAUGGAGAAGCAGAUAAAUCCGAUCCCGAAUUUGAACGCCCUCCUACGGAAUCUUGGCUCGAGGCGCGUGAUCGCAAGACCAUCGAGAAGCAGGCACAGCAGGCGUGGCUGGUUACGGACGGGGUCAAGGAGCUAUAUAAGCCGAGUGAGGACCAGAACAUUCGCGGAGAUGCCUUCAAGACGCUCUUCGUGGCCCGCUUGCCCUAUGAUGCUGAAGUGAAGGAUCUGGAGCGAGAGUUUGGCCGCUUCGGGCCGAUCGAGCGCGUGCGAAUUGUGACGGACAACGGCCAGACCACCAAGAAACGCAAGGGAAAGAGCAAGGGGUAUGCGUUUGUGGUGUUUGAAAAGGAGCGGGACAUGAAAGCUGCCUACAAGGAGACUGAGAGCCUCUACAUCAGAAACCGUCGGGUCUUGGUGGAUGUCGAACGCGGGCGUACAGUGUCCGGGUGGAAGCCGAGACGCUUCGGUGGCGGACUGGGAGGGCGUGGGUAUACGAAAGCGGAGAAGGCACGGCCGGCCGGCUUUGGUCCGCCAUCAGGUCCAGGCGGUUUCCGAGGCGGUUUCCGGGGUGGCUACGGUCGUGGUGGCUUCCAAUCAGGUGGAGGCAGGGGAGGAGGUGAUUUCCGCCCACGCAGAGGGGGCUAUGAUGGCUUCGACGGGCCACGAGGCGGAGGUGGCCCUAGAGGAGGCGGGUAUCACGGCAGUGGCAUGCCACCCAACGGAGCUCCCGCCGGGCCCCGUUCAGGUGGUGGUGGUGGAUAUGGAGGGCGGGGAUACGAAGACCGCGGGGGAGGAGCGAGGAACGCCAACUACGAGCCUCUGCCGCCGAGAGGUGGGUAUCGUGACCGUGACGGUGGUGGAGGAGGGGGAGGGGGAGGGGGAGAUCGCGGUGGUGGCGGGUACAGUGGACAGAAGCGGCCUCACGACGGCAGUAACUACGACGACCGUGGGCCGAGGAGGCGGUACUGA